CAAACUGGGACCAUGAUUAAACUGAGCCGAAAGGGCCGCUCGAUGCUCUCCUUGGGCCUCAAUUCUCUCGCUCUCUGCUUUUCGGUGUCUGCCUUCUGCACCAGCUACUGGUGCGAGGGGACCCACAAGGUGGUGAAGCCCCCCUGCCUCUCGGCAGUCAAGAAAGGGAACUGCGUCCCCAUCAACAGCAAUGAGACGAUGGAUGGAAACGUGACCAUGGACCCGCACGUAGUCCAGUACAUCUGGGAGACGGGAGAAGACAAGUACGCUUUUCGAUAUUUCCACACGGGCUUCUGGCUGUCCUGUGAGGAACAUCAUGGAGAAGAGAAGUGCCGGAGCUUCAUAGAGCUGCCCCCAGAGUCAGAAAAAGGUGUACUGUGGCUGUCGGUUGCCUCGGAAUUCCUCUAUAUCAUCCUGCUGAGCGUGGGGUUCUUGCUGAUGUGCUUAGAUGCCAUUUACUACGCCAACUUCAUUGACGGACUCAAGAUCAACGCUUUUGCUGCCGUGAUCACUGUUCUUUCAGGGCUCCUGGGCAUGGUUGCCCAUAUGAUGUACAUGACCGUCUUUCAGGUGGCGGUGAACCUGGGACCGAAAGACUGGAGGCCCCAGACGUGGUAUUACGGGUGGUCAUUUGGGAUGGCCUGGCUCUCCUUCACGCUCUGCAUGUCUUCCUCUGUGCUGACCCUCAACACCUACACUAAGACCAUCCUGGAGUUCAAGUACCGCCGGCGGAUUUUCGAGAAGCACACCGCGUCGGCGGGGAGCGGUGGAGGCCCUGGCUCGCCCACCCUAGCGCCCGACCUCGAACGUUUCCUGUGGGACAAAUAUAUCUUCAGCGUUAGUGACUCUCUGGACUUCUCCCCCAGCCCGCCAGGCCCGAUGGCUCCCAGUGCGGGACGCAAAUCCUACGUGGGGGGCUAUGCCGGGCUGGCAGGGGGGCGCAGUGGGGAUGCCGGGGAUGAGGACGAUGGCGAGCCGUGCUAG